AAGCACUCACAGCCGGCUUGUCUUGGUGGCGACAGAUUCUCGAGAUACUAGUAUGUACGUACUAUGUAGUGUGCUAGAGGACGGGCCGUGAAGGUGGGGCUACAUUUGCUCUAAAAACGAGAUUUUCUCUUAGACAAGCACUGGUGCAGGUUCAGGUCCCGGCGUUUGUUACGGCUGUCACUGGCAAGAUGGGGACCGUGGCCUCGACAGUCGAAACUCCUCACUUAUGACUCAGGGACGAUCCCUUACCAUUUAUAUCCGCCAGCUUCCGCCUCUAAAUCAACAUCUGUCGUGUACUCCUGCAGACCUCUUGUGCAUAUAUUGUCAGCAGGUACCUAGAUCUGGGCAAUUGUGUCUUUGAGAACGAGCAACAGUUACUUCUGCCAUCUACCUGAAGCUUGCCCCUCAUUGCAUCAGUUUGGAAAAAGAAAAAAGAGGGAAGGGGAAAAAAAGUAAAACACAUCCAGCUUCGUAUUUCUCUCCACACUUGGCCGCCAUGCCUAUGCUCAAGGAUCCCUCUAAGAAGUACAAGAGGUUCCCCCCUCUUAAUCUCCCAGAUCGCCAAUGGCCGAAUAAGACCAUUGACAAGGCGCCGCGGUGGCUCGCGACUGAUCUUCGCGACGGCAACCAGAGUCUGGUUGACCCCAUGAAUGGUGACCAAAAGUGGGAGUACUUCCGGAUGCUCUGCGAUCUGGGCUACAAGGAGAUCGAGGUGUCAUUUCCCUCAGCAUCACAAACCGACUUUGAUUUCACCAGACGCCUGAUCGAGACGCCGGGAGCGGUACCCGACGAUGUCUGGCUCCAGGUCCUGUCUCCAUGCAGGGAAGACCUCAUCCGUCGAACAGUACAGUCCCUAAAAGGCGCCAAGAAGGCAAUUGUCCACAUCUACCUCGCCACCAGCGAAUGUUUCCGCAGGGUAGUAUUCGGCUUCACCGAGGACGAGAGCGUCGAGCUUGCCAGCCGGUGUACGGCCCUGGUGCGGUCGCUGACCAAGGACGACCCCUCACAAUCAGCUACCGAGUGGGCGUUCGAGUUCAGCCCAGAAACCUUCUCCGACACGAGCCCCGAGUUCGUCAUCAGGAUCUGCGAGGCGGUCAAGAAAGCAUGGGAGCCCACGGUUGAGAACCCAAUCAUUUUCAACCUCCCUGCUACGGUAGAGAUGGCCACCCCCAACGUGUACGCCGACCAGAUCGAGUACUUUUGCCGCAACAUCAGCGAGCGCGAGAAGAUCUGUGUUUCCCUCCACCCUCACAACGACCGGGGUUGCGCGGUAGCGGCCGCCGAGCUUGCUCAGAUGGCCGGCGCCGAUCGAGUAGAGGGGUGCCUGUUUGGUAACGGGGAGAGAACCGGCAACGUCGACCUCGUAACCCUCGCCCUGAAUCUCUACACCCAGGGCGUAUCGCCCCAUAUUGACUUUUCAGACCUCAACAAGGUCAUCAAGGUCGUCGAGAAAUGCAACAAGAUCGAGGUGCACCCGCGUGCGCCGUACGGUGGCUCCCUGGUCGUGUGCGCGUUCAGCGGUUCGCACCAGGACGCCAUCAAAAAGGGCUUCCAGCUGCGGGAGAAGGAGGGCAAGCAGUACGACGACUACUGGCAGAUCCCUUACCUCCCCCUCGACCCCAAGGACAUUGGCCGGGACUACCAGGCCGUCAUCCGCGUCAACUCGCAGAGCGGCAAGGGUGGCGCUGCCUGGAUCGUCCAGCAGCAUCUCCACCUCGACCUGCCCCGUGGCUUGCAAGUCGCCUUUGCCAAGGUGGUCCAGGAUAUGGCCGAGAAGAAAGGCCGAGAGCUGCUCCCCACCGAGAUCACCGACCUGUUCCAACAGACCUACUCCCUCACCAAGAACCCGCGCUUCAGCAUCGUCGAUUACACCAUCACCCCGGACCGGUCCACCUCGCCGGCACCUCCUGAACCGGGCAAGACGCAAGACACAAGGAACCUUAGGAGGGUUUUUGACGGUGUCAUCUCCAUCGACGGCACCGAAUACAAGCUUCGUGGUCGGGGCAACGGGCCCAUCUCUAGCCUCGCCAACGCCCUGCGGACCGUUGGCAUCGACCUCGACGUGCAGGAUUACAAGGAGCAUGCAGUCGGCCGAGGGCGUGAUGUCAAAGCCGCGACAUUCAUAGAAUGCAGCGCUGCGGGCGCCGAGGACAGAGUCUGGGGUGUGGGCAUCCACGAGGAUGUGGUUCAGAGCUCUCUGAUUGCCCUUCUGAGUGCGGCCAGCAGCUUCACCCUCAGCCGGCAAGGGAGCCCCAAGAUCCGCAAGACUGCCGACGGGGUUAAUGGAACCGUCAAAGUCCCCGAUCUCAUCAACGCUCUCGAGGCGAAGGCGGAUGAACUGUGAUGUCAAAUCGGCAGAUCACUUGUGUGACCAUCUUACCUCAACUUCGUUUUUAUCUUGUUGAACCUGUACUUGAAAUAUGGCCCGGGUGAGGAGAGGAAAUGAAAAUAACGGCGAGAAGCGCUUGGGCUCGGAAAAGUUUGUCCGUCGAUCUGCUGGGUACAAAUGGGUCGUGCGGACGAGUUGAUUGACGCAUUUACAUUGUGUUGGGCAUUCAUCCCCCUGGGAAGGACAGGCUGAGUGAGUUGGUGUUGGGUUCGUGGUGAGGUGAGGUGCAGGCCUGGGUAGUAGUCAAAGACAAGCUCAUGAGCAAGCACAGCUGGUUGCUCCUCAGCGCAAUGAGAACCGAUUCUCUAUAGCAGUGCGCGAAUUUGUGGUU